CUGGGCUGCGCAAGUUUUCUCCCAUACGCUAGUGGUUUUUCUGAAAAAAAAUGUGAUUUUGGUGGGAUAUUGAGAUGGGUUUUUCGGAGCAUGCUCUGAUCUCUGUCUCUGUCUCUGUUGCUUUGUCUUGGAUUGGCUUCGUUUUGUUUUUUUUUUGCUGAAAAAUGUUUCCUUGGCCGUUACGGUUGCUAUGGGUUCUGUAGUUUGGAGAAUCGGCAAAAGGAUUUUGCCCCCGAUCUUCUUCUGCAUAGCUCAUAUCCCAUCCGAUGGCUAAGGAAAGUGUUGAUUUACCACUGAUUCCAAAAGUAACUAUGUCAAGUGGGGUUGCAUUAAGAAGGCACUCAGCGGGAAUAGCAAAUUCUGGAAAUAAUGAAAAAAAACUUGUCCCUCAUUAUCUCAGAGCAUCUACUGGCUCCUGUCAUGAUUUUUGUAAAUAUGGGAGGAAGAAUGUGGAAGAAGCAAGGGAGAAACUCUCCAUUAUUAAGAGAGCUGGAAGAAAAUCACUUUCCCGAAGUUCAGAAGACAUUAUUGAUGGGAUAAUGACAUCAGUUGCCAAGCAAAAAACAUCUCUUGAUUCCACGUCAACAAAGAUGUCAACAGUGAAACAUAGUGAAUCAGUUGGCACAAAUAAGAUGGAACUCCCAACAAAAUCAUCUGGCAGCCAAAAACAAAUGGGGAAUAAAGUUCUAGUGAACACAAGCAAGGCAUCAUUGGUCAGUGUCAAACCAUCAUUCCUUCCAAAAUCACAUAUUUCUUCAAUCCCCGAAGCAAGGAGAGGGGGGAUUUCUUUAAGUUUUGAGGUGGAAGCUCUAUCAAAACCAACUUCCAAAAGGGUGGAAGCUUCACCAACAGAAACUUCUGAGAGGGUGAAAACUCAUCCUAAAUCAACUUCCCAAAUUGUCAAAACUUCACCAAAAUCCAUGUUCAAGAAGAAGCAAACUUUAAAGGUGUCUCCUUUUGAAGAAAAAGAAAUGGAGUUGUCUGAUAAACAUGUGACUUCUUUGAAUCCAGAUUUCAUCACAAAGCAGACCAUAUCUUCUGUGAAUUCUUCUGAUGUCUUUGGCGGCCAAAGGAAUAGUAAGAUUAAGAUGAACAAGAAAGAAGUCUCCUCCAAAUCUUCUUCCAGAGGAAUUGGAAGUGUUAGUGCAAGAAAGCACAAGGGCCUGAAAAUUGUGCCUCAUCUUAUGAAUCAACCCAAGCCUAUAAAAGUUGAACUUGAGGAACACAACAAUGAGGCUCAGGAAAAGACUUUGUACAUCAUCAAGAUGGAAAGUACAAAGCAAAGUUCGCACUCUGAUCAAAAUGAAAGCCAGGAUAUUGAAGACCAAGAGGAAUCUGAAUACUCAAAUAGUGAAUUUGAGGAGGAUGCUUGUCCAGAAAACCAUGAAAUUGAAUACAUGGCUAAUGUGGACACUUUGGAAGUUGAGAAGAAUGGAAAGCCUCAAAAUGAUGAGAUUGUUUGUUCUGAAGAGAAGGAGUGCCAACAGUUAGGGGGGAAAUUGGUUGAAACUCAAAUUGAAUAUAUGGCUAAUGUAGACACUUUUGAAGCUGAGAAGAAUGGAAAGCCUCAAAAGGAUGGAAUUGUUUGUUCUGAAGACAAGGAGUGCCAUAAAUUAAGGGGAGAAUUGGUUGAAACUCAAAUUGAAUACAUGGCUAAUGUGGACACUUUGGAAGCUGAGGAGAAUGGAAAGCCUCAAAAGCAUGGGAUUAAUUGUUCUGAAGCCAAGGAGUGCCAAAAAUUAGGGGGAGAAUUGCUUGAAACUCAUAUUGAAAAGGGUAGUCUGAGGAGCCUUGAAGUCCAGAAAGAAGUGUUGGGGGCCAUCACCACUGAUGUCAAGGCCGUUGCUAUAACUGCUCCAGAGAAGGUUCUUUUGAGACAUCAACAUGUGCAGGUCAAGAAAGAUGGACAAGGAUUGUACAAUAAUGUGAUUAAGGAAACAACUAAACAUGUUGAAACUCAGAAGGGCAAGGUUAAAGCACUGAUUGAUGCCUUUGAAGCUGUAAUCUCUCUUGAAGAGAAAAGUAUUUCUGCUGCAAACAUUGUCAAUUGAUCUUGGCAGACUUUUUUUAGAUUUCUCUUACAUUGUAAAGAAAUGGUAGGAAAACAAAUCCAAGGUUGUGGCAGUUAGUGUGCCCCAACAAGCUAUUGUUCAGCUGAAAAUAUAGAUAGAUUUGUCUUGUGUCUUGUCUGUAGAAGAACUGGGAGUGUAGAGUUGAACUGGGGAACUUAUGUUCACCACCACUCUUGUGUGAGAACUUAUACUCAUCAUUCUGUUCUUGAAACUUAUACCUGUUGUGAUUGAUUUUUAUCUUUUGAAUAAAACAAUGAUAGCAUGGUUUUAGCAU